CAGACUCACCGGGAGGAUGUAGGAGCUCACAUCUCCGACACAGAACGCGAAGAGCGGAUAACUGCAGGAGUAACGGAAAAAUACACACCUGCUUCUCACCUUUCCGUCAGGUGGAGUCCCCACUCGCUUCGUGGCUUUAAAAUGUUAACGGACAUGAUUUUGGAGGAAGAGUUUGACAAAGAUGGGGAGCCUUGGUACCACCCGCAGGACCUGGAACACGAUCUCCGUUUGGCAGCAGAGCUGGGGAAAACCCUCCUCGACAGGAACCAUGAUCUUGAGCAGGCUCUGCAGCAGAUGUAUUCCACCAACCAGGAGCAGUUACAGGAGAUAGAGCAUCUGUCCAAGCAAGUGGACCUGCUGCGUCAAAUGAACGACCAGCACGCCAAAGUGUAUGAACAGUUAGACAUGGCUGCCAGAGAUCUGGAGCAAGGCAACCACAAACUAGUGCAGGACAAUCGCCUGGCCCAGCAGAAGAUCCACAGUCUAACGGAGACCAUCGAAGGCCUUCAGACCCACAUGGAAGACCUGCAGACUCAGGUGGAGGAGCUGAAGACUGCCCAGGUGGAGCGCAGCAAAAGAGAACAGGCAGAGCAACGGCGGUCACUCGGAGCACAGAGUGUGUCCUGCCUCAAAGAGCUUUAUGACUUACAACAUGACAGGCAUGAUGACAGCCAUGUAGGAGGACUUUGGUCGUCUCAGGACUUUUGCUAUGACCGAGGAAGACAUGAAAACCCAGAGGAGGAGCAUACAGCUCUGCAACGCUCCAUACAGACCCUUAAGAACCAGAUCGCCUUAGAGCGGACCCACAGGGAGGCUGCAGAGCGGGAGCGUGAGCUGACAGCGACAGAGAACAGAGUCCUGGAGCAGCAGCUGGCCCGGCUGGAGGGAUGCCGGGCCCGCCAGAAGGACCUGGAAACUGAAGUGGAACAGCUGCGUCUUCUGUGGCACCGAGACCGAGCCAACAAUUUCAAAAGACCACAACAGCUGCUGUUACCUGAUACAGUAUUUUUUUCCUCUGAGGAAAAGCCUAGUCUGGAGCAAAGUGACACGGAGGAAAAAGUGGAAAACGAUGAGGAGCUGAAACGAUCCAACAGACAGAGGUGUAACAGUGACAGCGUUCUGACAAACACAGAUGAGAUUCGCCGUGGCCACGAGCAGAUGUGUAUAAGACGAGCAGAAGCAGUGAAACAGAGGGGCAUCUCCCUGCUCAAUGAGGUGGAUGCACAGUACAGCGCAUUACAGGUGAAAUAUGAUGAACUUCUGCUACGUUGUAAGCAGACGACAGACGAGCUCAGCCAUAAGGCCGUUCAGACAUCCAGCACCCCCUUGGCAAACAGCCGGACUCGCCGCCGCCUGUCCAGCUCAACUACUAUGUGUGAUUUGAUUGUGGGUUUAGAAGGUGGCCAACAGCCAGAGUACAAGGCUCUCUUCAAGGAGAUCUUCACCUGUAUCCAGAAGACCAAAGAGGACCUCAGUGAGAACAGACGUCCACUCAGGGACUGUGAUUCUCAGGUCUCCACCCAAUGAUUGUAUUUCUUACCACCUAGUGACAGGGGGUUUGCACUUGUUUAUGUCUGAACACUUUGACAGAGGCUUCGAGGUUGCUUUGUUGUAUUGAAAUUCAGUGGCUGCUGUGCAGUGCAGCCAGUCCAUUUGCGUCUUAGACGGGCUGCAAUCCUCUUAUGUCCUGUCAUAUUCAUGCACGUGUUUGUAUAAGUCAGCACUGUUCCUUUCACUCCGUCCUUGUGCAGAAUCAAGUGUUGUUAGAAUUGUAUAAUCUGUUGUAUGACUUGAAGUGAGCAUUCUCUCCAAUGACAGCAAAAACAAAUAUACUAAGAAUGACUAAUAUGUAGUUUAUUGUAGCAAGAAGGUAUUGUUGUAGUCUUAUAAGAUAGUCAGGUUAAUCUGUACUAACGGAUCCUAAGCUAAUGUCAAGCACAUUUCACUGUGUGACCUACAAAUCUACAAAUGUUAUUCCAUCUACAACAGUAUUUAUUGUUCAUAGCAGGUUAUCCAUGUUACUGCUCGAUCAUUUGGUGCUGGAAAGAGAAAAGCAUACUCUCAUUUUAGAAGUGUGUUAACAUAAGCCGGAGUUGUGUGUCUUAUGUAAACAGAAAGUUUGGAAUGUUGUAAUAGGAUGAAAAACCAUUGUUGUUUAAUAACUAAAGUCUCAGGUGUUUGGGAUAAUUAGCUUAACAGCUAGUACAUGUUGGUUUGUGCAAGUGAACAAUAGUUGGCUCACCAGUGAAGAGUCACUGGUAUAUCACCAUAGAAGUAUCAGUGGAAACAGGAAAACUGUAACAGUCUAUCCUCUGUACAGCUCAGGCUCUGAUGAGUGUCUUUAUACUAGUAGGUUACAUACAAUAAUGGCUGUGCACUUUUAUAACUGAAUCACAGUUUCUAUUUAUUUUUGAAAAAGAUUAUUUAUUUUCUCUAUUGCUUAGUAUUCAGAUGGGUCAGUUGAGAGUGACUGAGUUAAUUAUAUGUAUUGAAGUAUGGUCUAUGUUAUGGUCAAUAUUCUAUUUGACACAAAUAACUGAAAACAUAAUUACUGAGCGAUAUCAAGAAUAGAAAACGUGUUCCCUCAAGCCUCAAAUUUUCUCAUGUUCAUACUGAUUUAGGAUGAUUUCAGGUAGAAAUGUUGAACAGAAAUUAUGAUAUAUGUGAAAAUGAGAACCAUGUGGAUUAUUAUAUAUACAGGAAAUGUCUAUCAAGAAACAUGUAAAACAUUUGGCUGUGGUCAGUAAAGAGGUGAUUUUACUAACCUGCUAUUACGAACUAUAUACGGCUAGAUCUGGGCAGUCUAUAUGAUUCUUAAAUUUUGCAAAUUUCAAGUCUACAUUAAGUUAUGAAAAUGUCAUUGUAUGUUAUUAUCUGGCUUAAUGUUAAUGUGCAAAGAUGAUGCUUAAUGCUGAUGUUUAAAAUACUUGGGGCAUUUAGCAGUUUUCAGUUUUAAAGCUGUGAAGUUUGUGCUACUGCAGAAACAUCUGUGUGUAAUGAUAUGUGCUGUCAAUUGAAAUUAACAUGUUUUUGCUCGCAACUAACUAGUAAAAACAAUUCUGCAAAGAG